AUGGCCGAAGCUGUUCUAGGUGUACUUGGCCUCGUCGGUACUGCAAUCGACGUCCUCAAACUGGGUUACAUAGCAAGCGACCGCAAGGACAGCAUCACCAUUCUUCGAGGCCAACUACACCUCGAGAGUGUCCUUCUUCGGAGAUGGGCAGAAUGCGUCUUAAUCGGCCCACCAGGCGAGGUGCCUGUUAUACCAACGGAAUACUGUGCCAUCGUCCACGAGCGUCUAACCACAAUGCUUGCUCUGUUUAGAAAUUCCGGGCAUUUGAUUGAGAAACAUAGUAGGGACAUGCAACCACUAUUCCCACCAACCCAAGCAGCAGAACCUUCUUUGCCCGGAAGGCACACAACUCUCUCCAACUAUAUGUCAAAGGUUGGCGCAAGGUCCAGUCCUUUCAAAUGGGCAGUCCGUGACGCAGAAGUCCUUCGGCAACUUCUAGGGGAUAUUCAAACUAUUAGGGUUGGACUAGAAGAAUUGCUGCCUCCAGAUAAGCAGCUCAUGAGUCUUCAGAUUCUUACAGAUAUUAUGCCAUCUACAUCCACAGAAUCUAUACCCAGUAUCGACACCGCGGCAAGAAUUGCAUCCGAGAACAACAAAGUUGACGCACUUGCAUUGGAAACACUCCGUGCAACACUGUCCGUUCGCGCCCUGUCCCCAGAUACGGUUCCAACUCUUGAAGAGGUCAACGUCAGGAUGCGGCAACUCUUCAUUAUGAACUAUUCGGUCAACACCGCAGAUGGGAUCUUGCCCUGGAAGAUGGAUCGCUGCAGUGUUCUCAUGAGCAGUAACAAAUUUUGUUCCAGCCCUCGGCCCGUUAUUAUCGAAUGGCGACAGUUUAACCCAGAGUUGUAUACCGAUUUUCGGUUUUUCGAGGCAGAUGUUGUUAAGCUUUGCUGGCUCUUGAGCUCUUUGAGGAGUCAUCCAGAUGUCCAUCUUCCACGCUGCCUGGGUUACUUUAAAGACACCAAGUCUAGCUUAAGACGGUUCGGAAUAGUCCUUGAAUACUCGCAAACAAUUCAGGCUUCUCCACUCAAGAUUCAACCGAGUCUAGAGUCGUUGUAUGAUGCCUUGAAGAAUGGUUCAUAUCGCUUACCAGCAAUCGAAAUACGGUUGAGCUUGGCUCAAAAUAUUGCAGCUUCAGUAUUCCAACUUCUUUCAGCAGGAUGGCUCCACAAAUCUUUACGAAGCGACAAUAUUGUACUCACAAAUGGCCUCAAGGUCGUUCAAUCAGCCAAACCUACCGAGGAUCUUGGGGCUGUUGACUUCAUCAUUGCAGGGUUCGAGUUUGCUCGCCUGGAUAAGCCGGGACAGAUUUCGGAUGGCGAUAACAGACCUAGCAAGGAGGAUCUCUAUAGACAUCCAAAUGCCACCAGUGAGAAGAGAGCACGUCUCGAGUAUCAGCAAAAGGGUUAUAUCAAGAGCUAUGACGUAUACAGCUUGGGGGUACUGCUAUCGGAGUUGGGCUUCUGGCGAAGAAUUGACGAGUUGCAAGUAAGCCAAACUGCUAGAGAGGAAUGGCAGCAUGAACCAUUUCCGCAUUAUCUGCGCGACAGAGUCAGCCGCGACAUGCCAGGAAUGAUGGGCAGUCGGUUCACGCGAGUAGUGCUAUGGUGUCUUGCUACUAGUCAAGGAGAGACGGUGCUUUCAACCGACCAGGAGCUUUUGGCGCAGUUCGAGGGGCAGGUUUUAAUUCCUUUGUUUCAAUGUCGACGAGCAGCAACUUUUUUGGUAUAA